GAUCCCAUGGAGAGGUCCCAGUCAGUUCCUGCGGUGUGGAAUGGGGCGGGGAAUCCUUGGUACUCCGACAGAGCGCAGACGGAGUGUCUUCUGGCUGCAAAUCGGGUGAAGGCCAAGGUCAUUUGCUGGGCGGCAGUGGAGAAGGUCAAUCGCUUGGCGGAAGUGGUGAUCCUCGUCUACAAGCUCGGGCUUGCGCAGUUAGCACAGAGCAUCGAAAAGAAUGUCCUGGACCUGAAGACUCAGGAAUGGCAUGACUUUGCAGCCAAGUACGGCAUCUCCCUCAUCCAUAUGGACCAGCACCCAAUGGGCCACAAGAAGCGUAAGCCGACCACUGUGGCAACCAACAUGGAGGAAUUGUUCCAACUUGAUGGCCUUCGAGGAGAACCUGAUGAUGAAGUUCAAACCUCAGAAGCCUUCAGAGCUAUGACGUUGCCUCAGAGGAUUCAAGAAUCCAAAACAUGGUCUGCAUGGGCUCCAGGGCUGAAAGAGGCGAUUGUGGAGGCCUUGAACCGACAUGUGCAACGUCUUGAAGGCCUUGCUGACCCUCUGGAUCCUUUGCAAGAGCAACCACAACCUCAACAACAUGCAGAUGGACCCGCUCAAGAAGCAAUGAGGCGGAAACGCCUACCCUACAAUCUGAUGCCGAAGAGCUUGGAGGAGGAUAGAUGCCGUCAGCUGAAUGUGGAAAAGGAUUCAGGUGAGGAAGUUUUGGUGAAAUUUCAGCGAUCUGAAGGGGCUUCGUCCACUCAGAGCUCUACGUCUGUGAGUAUAACAACACAGUCGGGCUUGCAGCAGCAUGGCGAAUCGACCUCUUUGUCAUCACGGUCGGGCUUGCAGCAGCAUGGCGAAUCGACCUCCUUGUCAUCACGGUCGGGCUUGCAGCAGCAUGGUGAGUCGACCUCUUUGUCAUCACGGUCGGGCUUGCAGCAGCAUGGUGAGUCGACCUCUUUGUCAUCACGGUCGGGCUUGCAGCAGCAUGGUGAGUCGACCUCUAUUUCAUCACGAUCGGGCUUGCAGCAGCGUGCUGGGCAAUCUCCAAUGAUGGCUGGAGAAUCUACUUCCAGCGGCUCCGCUACCACCUCGGGCUUAGCAGUUGGUGAGCCUUCAUCCAGCGGUUCGAGUUUUGCCGCGGGAUCUGCAGGUGUGAGCGUUGAGCAGACCCCAAAGCAGGGCACACCUAGGAAUCCAUGGAACGCCUUUCAAAGAGAGCACAAGGGCAAAGGCCUGUCGACAAAGACAAAGGCCUCCAUGUACAAUUUUCAGAAGAACAAA